GAAAGUUUUUCUCCAAGGCAAGAACACGCCACUCCGCCUCCCCACGCUGCACAGUCACAUCCCACAGCGGGACAAGAAGUCAUUACAAACCUGCUACGGCUGUCUUUGUUUCGCCUCUAUUGUCCAGUGUUGUUCCCCUUGGAGGACCCCCAUCACCGCGUGCAAGGAUGACCGCAUCCCGUCAGAAGUGAGCCUCGCCCGGAGAGGCUGACGCGGGUGGAGUCUCAAGAAAAACUUGUUUGGGUUUUUUUGGGGGUUUUCUAGUGGCUCCUCCGGUGCUCUCUGCCCGCCUCUGAGGCCAUGGGCUGCGGCUUGAGAAAGCUGGAGAACCCGGAGGACAGCAGCCCCGGGAAGAUCUACUCGACGCUGAAGAGACCUCAAGUGGAGACCAAGACUGAGACCGUCUAUGAUUAUGUCCUGUUGGACUUCAGCUUGGAAGGUAGCCGUCCCACAGUGCAGUACGUAUCCUCGCUGGCCGAGCUGCCCCAGGCCCUGCAGCCGUAUUACACACAAGGCUACGUCCUGGCGGCCCUGCACCCCAUUAUCCUGUCUGUGGGCCGGACACGCUCGCUCCCCUUCAGCCUGCUCUACCGCGCCGUCCUAGCCCGGCCCAGAUUGAGUCAUCAGACGGCGUCCAUGUGUCACAGCGUGCCCAUGCUGAGGGUGGAGGAAUGGCCGCUACCCGGGGACUCGCUGACUGGCGAUACCGUUCGAGCGCUCAUCGACAGGGUGAAUAGCAGUGCCCGAGGAGGGGUUCGCUUCGUUGGCUCAGUCCUCCAGCAGGUGAGCGGAGUGAGCAAUGGCGGCAGGAUGCACAGCCCCAAAAGGGCCUGUCGCUCGCCUCCUCACUCUCCUCCUCGCACCCCACCUGGAGACAGAGAGCUGGAGGAGAACACGUACAGCCCUGACAUGCGACUCCUGGUCUUUUUCCACUCCUGGGCUCCCGGUUGUGCCCCCCUGGAGUCAUUGGCCUGCCAUUACCACCAGGGGGCACUCUCGAUGCGUGUGGCCAGGAAGGGUCAAGUGGUCAGUGCUCUGGAGGCCGACUGGCUGGAGUUGACGGCGGCCUACUACCGCAGAGGCUGGUCGCUGGUGGACUCUUUUGUUUACUGGGACACUCCUAAAGGAGAGCCCGUGCCACGGUCGCUGGAGGGCCUUUUCGUGUACGAAGAGAAGAGCACCGCCCCUCCCGCCAAUGACACCAUUGUGGUGGAACAGUGGACCGUCAUCGAGGGUUCCAGUGUGAAAACUGACUACGGGCCACUCCUUCACACUCUGGCUGAGUUUGGAUGGCUGCUCACGUGUGUGCUGCCCACUCCCAUCAUCCGCCAUGACAGUGAUGGGAAUCUGGCCACCAAGCAGGUUGUGUUUCUUCAGAGGCCCGUUAGGAAUCAGGCUGCAGUACAACAGAGGAAGCAGAUCCUGUCCGUGCACAGCGACGUGGCCAGCCGCUCCUUGAGCCGGGCUGUGAGCAGCACCGCACCCAGAGAGGAGCUCUCCCCUGUGGCCGGAGGCAUCGGGGGCUUCCCGGUGUUCGGAGGCGGGUUCCCCAACUCACUGUCCCACCUGGACGAGGGUGGUUUCGAUCCCGAGGAGGGGAAAGCAGAGGUCACCUGCAUGUGAUGCUGUUCUGCGGACUGAUGCUCAGGAGGUCCUGGAUGGAGGUCCACAUCUUCUAGACAUUUCUCUCACUAUCACGCUCCUGUGGAAGCACUUUUUAACAGAAGCCAUAAUGAGAAAAAGAUCACUGCUGAGGGUGCUCAAGCAACAUUGUUACAGAAGGUUUAUGCACAACACCACUUAACAGUAUGCACACAUUUCUGCAUGGAAUCUGGUGGUCCUUUUCUAUCUUCAAUUAGAUGCUUUCUUUUAUAGUAUUUUUGUGUCCUCAAGGGUUUUCGGUCACCCUUACAAAUGUCUUGAAACAUUCCAAGCACCUCCUGUUUACCUUCCUGGAACGUGGGAGGCCAUCACAGACUGACUAAGAAGAGCAGAUUUGAUGAUUAAAAACCUCAUUUUAAUACUAUAUGGAGCAAAAUUGUGGGACUUUACACCUUAAUUUGAUUAAUACCUCUUGAAUCCUAACUCUUCGAUUUAGCAAGACAUGUUGGAAAAUUGUAUACUUGUAUUCUUAACUUGAAACGUUUUAACAGUAUUAAGUGUGUAUGGUACUGGCUGUCCUUAUGAUGAAUGGGUAAAAAAGUUAUUUAAAUCAACGCUUGUCACGUUUUACAUCAAGUAGCUCGAUAAAAAUAUUUUGCAAGUACUGUACCACCGCUUUUAAGGUUGAAUUACAAUUUCAGCAAAUCUUUUGAUUUGUACGAUUAUUUAAUAUACGGUAGAUCCCCGUUUUUCGUCGGGAUUGCGUUUCAAGACCACCUGUCAAUGGUGAAAAAAGGUGAAUAAACCAUAAAAAGCCCCCCCAAUGCCUAUUUUUGAUACUCUAAACCCUAUAAUGUCUUUCACAGUUAAACAUUUUUAAAACUCCGUUUUACACAUUAAGAAACAAUUUCAGGUAUUCACUAUACUAUAUCGUACAUAGUACAUGUACAGUUACACAUCUCAUCUUGUGUCUGCCUGCUGGAAAUGUUGAGUGAAUUGACUUGUAAGACCCUGGCGGGGGUCUGAAGUAUCUAAGUUUCUUCUAAUAUAUACAGUACUUUACCAUGAUGGGACCAGCCUAUCACCAAAGGUACAUGUGCCGCAGUUUGAGAACCAAUGAUGUGCGUCAUUGUUACAAAGCCAACAGCAGUAAUCUAUGAUCUAAAGAGAGACACGGUAAAUGCAACCCAGUUUUCUUCCAUAUUGUGAAAAUGUUCCUUUCGGGGUUUGUUUUUUAAUCCAAAUGUGGAUACUGCAGUGAAAAAGCCAUUUAAAACAGAUGUAUUUCUGUAAUUCCAUCUGUCAUUUGAGUUGUAUCUUUGCUUCCUUUUGUGGAAAGAGUUUACUGAAAUAAACACAGGUGUUAUUUACCCCAUCAUUUGUCCUUUCAUG